AUGGGCUACAUCUCCAAAGACGCCCUUGCGCAUCUAAAAUCAUACAAGUACAGUGGAGCAGAUCGCUCGAUAACAUCACGCCUCUUCUUGAACAAGUACUGGACAUGGCUCGUCACGUUUAUCCCGACAAAUGUUGCUCCAAACACUAUCACGCUCACGGGUCUCAGCCUCGUCUUUUUCAACUUUAUCACCUUGAUCUACUACGAUCCCUUUUACUUGGCUGAAAAGGGCGGCGCCACCGGUCCACCAGAUUGGAUGUACUGGGUCUGGGGAGUUUCGCUCUUUACGUACCAGAGUUUGGAUGCCAUCGACGGCAAGCAGGCUCGACGAACUGGCAUGGCCGGGCCACUGGGCGAAAUGUUCGACCAUGGCUGUGAUGCCAUCAAUACUACUCUCGAGUGCAUCCUCGCUUCCCGAGCCUUGAAUCUCGCACGUUCUCGCUGGACCGUCUCAAGUCAACUCGCUGCUGUCGCCAACUUUUAUCUUACUACAUGGGAGGAGUAUCAUACGGGCACACUCUAUCUUGGUGUAUUUAACGGACCAACCGAGGGUAUUCUUCUGAUUGUCGGUAUCUACUUCAUGACUGCGCAAUACGGAACAUCCAUCUGGGACAGGGACCUUUUCAUGACGCUUGGACUGCAUAAGAUCGAUUUUCUUACAGAUAAUCUCCCUCAUUAUCGCCUCAAUGAAGCAUUUAUGGCCUUUGGUGCUGUUGGCGUGACAUGGAAUGUGGUGACAAGCUACUAUAAUGUCUACAAACACGAAAAGGCUCAGGGACGCUCGGUACUGAUGCCAAUCGUACGGCUGAUGCCACUUCCCAUCUCCUGUGCACUCAAUGUACUCUGGCUCUCGUAUCCCAACUAUAACGGGUCUGCCAUCAUCCACAGCCCACUUUUCGUCCCGUUCCUCUGUGCAUGGGGACUUCAAUUUGCACACCAGGUCGGACUGAUGAUCCUUGCGCACGUUACGCACCAGCCGUUCCCCAUCUUUGAUGCAAUGUGGCUCUGGACUGGUGCCCUCGCAGUUGAUCUCAACUCCAAGUGGCUCUUUGACAAAGAGCCAAUCUUCCAAACUACGCCCGAGCGACGGGCACUGGCUAUCUAUGCGACGCUCCUGAUCUCGUUGGUCUCGUACGGUCGCUUCGUCUACCUUGUCAUCAACGAUAUCACCGAAUACCUCGGCAUUGCAUGCUUUACCGUUCGCAAAAAGGACAAGGAAGGACACUGGGAGGACGCGAAAAAAGUGGACGCGCAGAAGAAGGAAUUGUAG